GGAAUGAGAUUCUUUAUCUGUUCCCAGCUAGAAUUACACUCGAGUGGGUGUAUUUGUCUUUUCCUGCUCGUUAUUGGUAGAAAAGUAGUGCGCUUGAUUGCCCCUACAUUUCUCCUCCGCUUGUCUAGAUCAUCGCCGAAAGAAACUACCCCUCUCAGAAAUCCAUCUUCAUACAAUAGCAGUCUCUCUCUACUCAUAACUUCUUCCUCUCUCACUAAUCCAACCUUUAAAUCCAACCCAUAGACCCUACCCGCAAAUGCUCCUUGAAACCUUCGCUUACGGCGAGAUCCAUGCGCUCCAAACCGUAACAGUCGCAAAGAACCCUACUACCCCAAUCCCCAAUGGCAGCUACUGGGUGAUUCUCAUCCACGGCGGUGCAUGGCGCGACCCAACCCAAACCGCCCUCGGAUACCUCCAGCCCGCCGCCGCUACAAUCCUCUCCCCCUCCUCCCCCAGAAACCCCUCGAAAGCAUUACCCAUCGCCGGCCUCGCCUCAAUCUCCUACCGCCUAAGCCGCCAUCCAAACCACCCACAAACCGCAUCAACCACUCCCCGCACCGAUCUCCGCGCCGCCACCCACCCAGACCAUAUCCAGGAUAUCCACGCCGCCCUGCGAUUCCUGGACGAGAAGUAUGAUAUCGGAGAGAGGUACAUUCUCGUCGGACACAGCUGCGGCGCAACGCUUGCGUUUCAAUCCGUGAUGGGCCGGUUUCAUACGGAGGAGGAGGAGGAGGAGGAGGAGGAGGAUGUGUUCGUGGACCACCACCACCACCACCCCUCUCCCACGGCUAUUCUUGGAAUGGCGGGGAUCUAUGAUCUGAGACUGCUCCGGGAUUCUCAUCGAGAUGUAUACGCGUACCAGGAGUUUAUUGAGGGGGCGUUCGGGCCGGACGAGAGCGUCUGGGACUUUGUCUCCCCGGCUGUUGUAAAGGGCGCGGAGGGUGUCGAGGGCGCAUGGCAUUGUGGGAGGUUAGUGGUGUUGACGCACUCGGCUGGAGAUGGCCUGGUUGACCCCGAACAAAGAGAUGCAAUGAGAGAUGCGCUAGGUACGUGGCGGAGUCGGAGUCGGAGUCCCUCUGGGUCUGUAAAUGGGGAGAGACAGGUACAGUAUCUUUCUGUAGAAGGGGAGCAUGAUGAAGCUUGGGAGAAGGGAGAGGAGCUUGCAAGGGCAAUAGCUUUCACGUUUGAAAAGUUAGAGGAGAUGGGUAUACUUUGACGGCUCUGACCUGAAUGAGGAGGGGUUUGAGCGGUGGCUAUUCUGUGAAAUUAUGGAUGCAGGAUAGUUGCAGGAUAUAUGUAUGCAUUUAUGAGUUACGUUUCACGUCUAGAAGGCAGAGGAUAUGAAACUAGUACACAUUAGAAGAAUAGAAAACAGACCUGC